GACCCGCGCGGCCUGCAGCGGCACUGCUUCACUGCCUCCGGUCCACCCGGCGUCGUCGCCGCACUCGUCAUACACGGCGGCAGAACGAGGGGCCUAAUUGUAUCUCCAGGUGGGAAGCACUACUUGAUACAACCACUGCCAUCGCGGUUCUUCUCUGUCUCUGGUGAUAAGCCACACAUAUUAAUUCACCUGAGGUCUGGAUUCCAUACAAAUGCUUAUAUUAGCCGCAGAUUUGCUGAUCAUAAUUCCACAAUUUGGUCGAAGUCACCCAAUAAGAGAAAUGUAAAUGCAGGUUUGAAGUUGAGAAGGAAACGUGCCUUGAUGCCACUGCCUGCGACACCUGUUCAUGUGGAGACAGCAGUUUUCAUCGACAGGGAUCUGUUUCAGCACAUGACUCACAACUUUCCCAGUGACACUGAGCACGAGCUUGUCCGUGUUGUUCUUGCCAUGAUAAAUGCUGUUCAGUUAUUAUAUCAUGAUCCAUCUCUGGGUAGGCAUGUGAAUUUUGUGCUCAAGAGAUUGGAAAUCCUCCACACAGAUCCGCCAGGUCUUCAUCGUCACCACAACAUUGAUACAUUUCUCAGUAGUUUCUGUUCAUGGCAGAGUACUCAAAAUACUGGCACAGAUUCUGAUCCAUUCCAUUGGGAUCAUGCACUCAUUCUUACUGGUCUGGAUCUCUACGUUGUCAGCAAAAAUGGAAAGCUCAGCAGUCAAGUAGUUGGCCUGGCUCCUGUUGCUGGUAUGUGUGCUCCAACAAGCAGCUGUACUGUGAAUGAGGGACGCCAUUUUGAAAGUGUUUAUGUUGUGGCUCAUGAGAUUGGACACAACCUUGGAAUGCGUCAUGAUGGGCCGCUAGCAGAUAAUGACUGUGAUCCGGGUAGCUACAUAAUGUCUCCCACACUUGGAAGUGGUAAAAUUACAUGGUCUCCUUGCAGCCAGCGCUACUUGGAAGCUUUUUUAGAGACUCCCCAGGCAGAGUGUUUGUUGGAUUACAGCACAGCCUCAGGGCCCUUGGACCAUAAUGCUGAGAGAAUUCUUCCAGGAGAGCGAUUUGAUGCUGAUGUUCAAUGUAUGCUUAAAUAUGGGCAUGGCAGCAUUCAUGCUGUGAAACAACCAUUGGAAGAUAUCUGCAGGGAUCUGCACUGUCAACGUGACCGUUACACUUGGACAUCUCAUCCAGCACUUGAAGGAACACCAUGUGGCAGGAACAAGUGGUGCCGCAGUGGUCGAUGCAUCACUAGAGGACUGUCAGCUAUCCAAGCAGGCUUCUUUGCAAAUCAGCAAGUUGAUGGUGGUUGGAGUGAAUGGUCUCCAUACUCUGAGUGUGCAUCAGGUUGCCUGUUGGGAGAUGAUGGCCUACUAAGCACAGGAAGCACAGGGAUUCGAGUAUCGACAAGACGCUGCAACAAUCCAAGGCCAGAAAAUGGUGGCAUAAACUGUCGAGGAAAUGACAGAAGAUUCAAAACUUGCAGAGCUGUCCAAUGUGCCAAUGUACAGCGUACUACUAUUAGAGACUUCGCUUCUCAAAUAUGUCAACGAGCAAAGGAAAUCGACAAUGAAUUACUUGGAACAGGAUUCCAGAGAAUGAGCUCCGAUCCUGAAGAAGCUUGUACUGUUUGGUGUUAUAAGAGGAAUGGUGGUUCAAAAAGCAGGGGCUGGACAUUUCCUGAUGGCACAAUCUGCCAUAGCUGGCGCUCACGUUACAGUAAAUCUACGUACUGUAUAAGUGGGCGAUGUGAGGAGUUUAUCUGUGACCGUUUUGAUACUGCAAUAUUCAGCAACGGCCCAGAAAUAUGUACAUCCAGUGGAAAUCGCGUUCAUACUCGAGAUACGCCUACACUUCCUCACUAUAAAGCCAACAGAAGAAAGACUGAAGAUUUGAUUUUUGAUAGAAGCAUCCUGUGGGUGGCGGCAAGUGGUUGCCACUCAAAUUGUGUUGCUCCUGGAACUGGUCUUCGCCUUGUAGCAGCCAAGGAUAAUCACUGUCUACAGGACACUGAAUGCAUGAAGACUAGUAUUCAGCUCUGUCAACCAGAUGAACUGAGUUGUGGCAGACUCAAAACACCAUUUGAAUAUGCAACAACUGUAUGCAGCAAAUACAAAGAAAGAGUUGCCCGUCUUUCAGGCCUUGGAAUGCAAAUAUCAGCAACAGCACAUGACAUGGACCGUCCAUGCCGUGUUGCCUGCCAAGAUGACCAAGUCAGUCACAGGUUCUACCUAGUUAAUGGUGAAGAUGGAUGGUUUCCUUUUGGGACUGACUGUGCACGAGGGGCAACAGAAAGAAAAGCAUUCUGCGUUAGUGGGCGAUGCCUGGAUUUUGGGCCUGAUGACAUUCCUUUACCAGAAUUUGAAUACACACUGCCACUGCUGAGUCGGUCAAAACGUUCUUCAACACAAAAUUCAUUUAAAGUAAAAAGUAUUCUAGAUCAUGCUACACUGAAGCAAAUUAUAUCAACACUGAAUUUCUCUGGUACCGCAGAUGCUAGUAUGUCAGCAGGAACCAAAGCCAAAGAGAAUUUUCCUAUUGAUUUCAACAAUCCUAUCCACAUCACAAUCAGAAAUGAAGGAGAUGGUGAAAUUAUGAAUGAUGUGAUAUAUAAAUGACUAUAACUGUCAGAGGCACAACAAAUGUGCGAGAAAGUACUGCAGUAUUUCUGUCAUGUGCAAGAAGCAAUGUAUAUUAAUUUGUUCACAUUGAACAAUGACACUUAAUACAACACUGGGAAGACAGUGCACUACUUGUCACUGAGCAGUGUAAACAUUUUAUAAGAAGUGUGUUUCACUUGAGAACCCAAAAUAAUUCCAGUAGUGCAGUGAUCCUGAACUAUACAGAUUGAGAGCGGCCUUGGAUAGAAGUAUGAAAAUAUCAUUGUGCCAUUUAGCACUUCAGACUGAUGGGUCAGUAGUUUCUAUCACUAAUACCUUUUGAUAAUGUUAUAGGAGCACUGACAGUGGGUUACUCGUUAUUACUCUGGGGGGAUGCAGUAUAUUAUUCACACACUUACCAGAGGUUACGGUUUGGUGGAAAAAGAUCUGUCCAGUAAUGCAUUUUGCAUUAACUGCACACCACACUCUACAUCACACAGACACUUUAUGUAACUAAUAAGGAAUUUUAGAACAAUAUUUAUUAUUCUGCAAGUUCAUAUACCCAAUAAAUACAGUCAUGAUACAUCAGAAAAAAAAAGAGAGUUACAGGAUGAACCUAUCCACCAUACACAACUGCAAUAACCAGUUCCAGGACUGGUAUCACGCAACAGUAUCCGAAUUACAGAAGUGUUGAGGCUUUUGUGGCCACUUGUCGACAUAUCGCCUGUCGACUUCUGUCUUAGGUCCUUCGGCCAACAUUUGUUUGAACUCAAGACAGAAGCCAACAGGUUAUUAUCUCAAUUAGUAAGCUGAUGCACUAUCAUUACUUCAUGAAAUUUUUGGUCUGCGUCUGUACACAGCUCUGUGAGGAAGAGCUACUGGCACUCCACUCUGAAUUGCAAAAUGGUGCCCGACUGUACAGUGCUUGGGUUGUUCAGGAAACAUCUUGUAUGUUUUCUUUACAAAGGAAGAAAUGUUUCCUAAAUGUUUGAAUGAAAUCAACACAUCAUCUUGAAAAUAUAAAUCAUUUGUAAAUAAAAAUAUUUUUUACGAAAAUAAAAAUAU